CGCCUCCCAUCGCCCCAGCACGGCGUGUGACCCGAGCCCGGAUCGGCCCCCUCGGGGAGGCGAGGCGACGGCGGGACGGCAGCGGGAGCACCGGUACCACCACCAGCAGUAGGAGCAGUGCGAGCAGCAGCAGCAGUGCGAGCAGCAGCAGCAGCAGCAGCAGCACCGGCGGCAGCGGCAGCAGCCCCGCUCCCCACCUGCCCGUGGCGGAGGCUGGAGCUGCGAUCGUCGCGGAGCGGCGGCUGGUGCCCGCGGCCCGGAGCCCCUGCGCCGCGGCCGUGCGGCGCCGCGUCCCGCUCUCCGAUGAGCGCCGCCGCUCUCUACAGCCUGGACUCCCCGGCAUGUUAUAAGAGCUGGUGCCUGGAGCCCGCCAACUUCUACGACGCCAAGGUGGGCAGCGGCGGCGGGCCGGGUCCCGCCUGCAAGGCGGGGGGCCGCGGCGGCUGCGGGAUGAGCGGCGAGGAGGCGGGGGGCGGCCUGGGGGGCAGCGGCACCAACCUGGCGGAGCUGAGCGCCGCCGCCCCGGCCAUGUACGAGGACGAGAGCGCCAUCGACUUCAGCUCCUACAUUGACUCCAUGUCGGCCGUGCCCAACCUGGAGCUCUGCAACGACGAGCUCUUCGCCGACCUCUUCAACAGCAACCACAAGCCCGAGCGGGGCGGGGACUACGGCGAGUACUUGCCGCCGGGCGGCGGCGCCGGCCGCGACCCCGCCAAGGACCUCGGCGCUGCCAUGACCACCCUGCUGGGCGCCGAGCCCCGCACCGCCUCCUCCUCCUCCUCCUCCUCCUCUUCCUCCUCCUCCUCCUCCCGCGGCGCCCUGAAGCAGGAGCCGGACUGGAGCGACAGCGACCUCUCCUCCUCGCUGCUGCCCUCGCAGAUCGCCACCUGCGCCCAGACCAUCAUGAACCUGAGCGGGCAGCCCACGCCGCCCACCUCCCCCGAGCCGCCGGGCAGCAGCUCCCCCUCCAGCUGCAGCACCCGCUCCCCGGGCCCCGCCGCCGCCGUGUCCGUGUCCGUGUCCGGGUCGGCGCAGGGCGUCCCGGCGCCGCCGGCCCCCGGCGGGAAGGAGCGCGGCGGCAAGAAGUGCGUGGACAGGUUUAGCCCCGAGUACCGGCAGCGCCGGGAGCGCAACAACAUCGCGGUGCGCAAGAGCCGCGACAAGGCGAAGCGGCGCAACCAGGAGAUGCAGCAGAAGCUGCUGGAGCUCUCGGCCGAGAACGAGAAGCUGCACAAGAAGAUCGAGCAGCUCACCCGGGACUUGACCAGCCUCCGGCACUUCUUCAAGCAGCUGCCCAGCGCCUCCUUCCUGCAGCCCGGCUCGGGCACCGACUGCCGGUAACCGGGGGGGAAGCGGGACGGAGAGACGGACUCCGGGAGACCGUGGAUAAAUACCUCAGAGGGCCGGGCCGGGCCGGGCCGAGCCUGGCCGAGCCGCCUUUGCCGGGCCGGGCCGCGGCGCCCCGGGCCGGGCCGGGCGCGGAGGAGGAGGCGCGAAGCGGCGGUGGGACCUGCCGGCCCGCGGCCGCUUUCUGAAUGUUGUAGCGACGCGGCGCGAUGCCUGGGUCUUUCACCACGAAACUUGCAAAAAAAAGGAAAAAAGCUAAAUAUAUAUAUAUUUUUUUCUUCUCUCCCCUUAAAUUAUUUUUGUAAUGGUAGUUUUCGUCUUUUCUACAUUUUACUCAUACCGAUGCAGCUAUGGUACAUCUGUUAAAAUGAUUCAAAAACCCCAUGUAUUUUAGACAGUAGGAUGAAAAAAAGACUGAGCAUGCUCGACCUUUUAUAUCAAUUUUUACAGCAUUUCUAAGAAUUAAAAAAAGCAUUUUAAAUCAA